CAGGACGUCCGUGUUCUCCGAGGAACCAGCGCUCUGCUCGACUGCCGCUUCUACCGGGACCCUCAGCUGCUCAACUACCAGAUCGUCUGGAAGAAAGACGGACAGAAACUACAGGAGACGUCAGAGAGCGACAAGUACACUUUCUUCAAUAAUGGAACGUUGAAAGUGACGGACGUCCAAUCAGAAGACACGGCGCAAUAUUCAUGUGAAGUCAUCACUGACCUGGACAACGUGCAAGCCAACGGCUCCAUCACCGUCGUGGCACCACCCGAUCCCCCCAAAGACCUGUCUCUGUCCGACGUGGAGGACCACAGCAUCACACUCAGCUGGAUCCCGGGACAGUCACACAACAGCCCCAUCAUAGAGUUCAUGGUGCAGUUCCGGGAGGAGCAGCACAAGGAGGAGGGGAAGUGGGAGUGGGUGGAGUGGAAGAGGGUACCGGCAGACUUCAACCACCUGCAGCUGACGCUCUACCCCUACUGCACCUACCGCUUCCGGGUCAUCGCCAUCAACGAGAUCGGCCACAGCCACCCCAGCAAGGCCUCGGAUAAGCACAGCACGUCACCUGCUGUUCCUGCCACUAACCCCGACGGUGUCCGCAGUGACUCCACAGACCCAAAGACUCUGAUCAUCACAUGGAAUGAGAUGGACAAGCAUCUACACAACGGCCAGGACUUCCAGUACAAGGUGUCGUGGCGGGAGGCCGGGGGAAAGAGCGUGCACUGGAACCACAGCUACGUCAGGUCUCCACCGUUCUUGGUGAACGACACAGGAACGUACGCACCGUUCGAGAUCAAAGUCCAGGCCGUCAACUCGCUCGGAGAAGGACCACCACCGGAACCAGAGAUCGGACACUCCGGAGAGGACAAACCUCAGGAGGCGCCGACCGGAGUGGAGACAACGGUGAUGAACAGCACCGUCAGAGUCAAGUGGAGCGAAGCACAGAGCGUCCGAGGGCUGCUGCUGGGAUACAAGAUCUACAUCAGGAGGUUGGGCCCCCAGGUUGGGCGGGGCCGGAGGUCUCUGGGGAAACCGCACCACGGAGACGAAAGAGGGGAGAGGCCGGACCGAGGGACGGAGAAAGACACAGCGAGCAGGGUGGUGGUCGUCCAUGGCAGGACGACGUCAAAGGAAGUGACGGGGCUGCAGCUGUUCUCCUCGUACGAGCUGUCCGUCACAGCCUUCAACAGCAAAGGGGAGGGGCCCCAGUCGCUGCCUCACCGCUUCAGCACGCCAGAGGGAGCUCCGGGUCCUCCUGCAUCACUGACGUUUAAGAGCCCGACAGAGAAAUCACUGAUUCUCUACUGGACGCCUCCGGUUGAAAUCAAUGGGAACCUGCUGGGAUACAUGGUGCAGUACCAACAAGAGGUGGAGAGCGGAGACAGUCCGCUGCAGAUGGAGUUCAUCAGUGAUUCCAAUGUGACUCACAUCGUGUUGGACCCUCUGGAUCCCAACAGCAGUUACUUCUUCAAAGUUAUAGCCCGCACCGCCACCGGUGACGGCCCGGCCAUCACCCUGAGAGGUGCCACCCUGCUCGACGGAGUUCCUCCAUCGAACGUCACCAUCGUCCAGGGCAACACAUCGCUCAACCUGAGCUGGGUCCCUGGAGAGCGAGACAGGAACCACGGCUUCCACAUCCGCUACCUCAGGAAGAGCGGUGGGUUCAACCACAGAGAGAAGAGACUCGAUGGCGAUGAGAAGCGCUCCGACAGCCAGCCGUCCAUCUGCGGGGAAAGUAAGCUGGGCAGCGACGACUCUCUGGCCGAGUACGGAGACAGCGUGGACAUCCAGUUCAACGAAGACGGCUCCUUCAUUGGCCAGUACAGUGGCCGGGGGCCCGUUCCCCAUGGAAACGAGAGCUCCGGUCCAGCCUCCCCCGUCACAGCUGCCCCGCCUCCCCCCAUUGCUCCGUCCAUGUCGAGCAUCCUCAACCGGCCCAGCUAGACACACACACAUCACACACACACACACACACACACACAUUGCCUGCAACAACACACUGAGGGACACACCACUCCUGACUCCACUGCCUGUAAUGUCUCACACACACACACACACACACACACAGUCUCAGUACAUUCCACAGGUUUAUACAGUUCAUCUGUUUACAGGAUGUGUCACCUUUUCUACUACGUUUACAAACACACACACACACACACACGCACACACACGCACACACACACACACAGACAGACAGAAGAUAUGCUCAAUCAGAUCCCUCCUCUGUACGGAGGAGAGACAGGGAGGUGGCGGACAGGAGAGGAAUAUGAAAAAAAAGGGAAAACUAAAACUAAUAACUUUUUCAUCGAUGACCAAAAUUUCAAAAAACUUGGUAGAAACAUUUAAGUCUUUUUCUGUUUCGUCAACACAUUCAGAAUUAUUUUCAAUAUAAAUGUCACCCUCUUUUAAUUUUGAUGCAUCUUCAAACUUCACCACGAUGUGUUCGUGUCAGUUUCAAGUUAUUUGUGUUGGUUUGGUGUAUAUAAGUUAGUGUGCAUGCGUCUGGGGAUGAUUUGGCUGUUUUUUGAUGUGUGCGCGGCAGAAACCUAAGAUGCAUGAUCCUCCCUGAGGCAUUUCUGAAUCCUUCUGUUGAUACUCCACAUUAAUGAGUUUAAAGAGUGACGGUCACUCUGUGCGUGUCUGUGCGAUUGUUUACUCUCCAUCCCUGACCUGCAGCGAUGAGAGAUCCGUUGCCUUAAGUGAGUCCAGUCGAUCCUCCUCUCCUUCUGUCAAUCAUCCAUCUCUCCUCACACACACUUCCUGUUCCAUCAUCCUCCCGUUUAAGAGGCAGGACCAGGAUGUUGUGGUGACACCGGGAGAUCAACGCUCUGCAGAAGGAAACUUGCAAAUGGACAAAACCACAAAACUUAAAAAACGAAAAAAAUACAAAAAACGAGGUAAAACGUUUUUGACAGAGUUUCGAGGUGCGAUCGAGAAGGUCAGAGAUGUUCCGGGUUGUGAAACCAAAAUCAGCAGGUAUACGGAGUAUUUUUUAAACCCACUAAAAAAGUAGUGAUGGACUUCUUUUCCAUCACCAGUAGAGGAGUUAGUCUUUCUGUUUCUCCUCCGCUAUCUUCAACGUCAUGAACACACUGAGGCGCCUCCCUGUGUGGAUAAAUAUGCACGUUCGCCCUGGUGAGUGAGACGUGGAAUCAUGGCGAGCGGUUUCAUUUUGUUCUCAGAUUCAAACCGUUCAGACAAACAUCACGGAAAAACCAUUUAGUUUGUAAAUGUGAUCACACACACAGAUCCACGCUCACACACACACACACAUCACAUACACACAGGGCCGGUCCUCUGUAGCAAAACCCAAUGGGACCCUCUGAAGGACAGAGGGAGGAUGGAGGAAGAGGAGGAGGAGGAAGAGGAGGAGCUGACAGAAAGAGAAUCUGACGUCUCGUUCUCUGAAUGUAAAUAGAACCUUGAGAUUGUCAUUUUUUAUUUCCAUGGCUUCUUUUAUAAGAUGAUAAAAUUGUAUGUUUUUUUUAAAUAUCUGUUGCUCUGUUUUGAUUUUGUACGACAGCGUUUCAACGCUGUAGCGUUUGUAUCAUAAAACCCCGCCCACCAUCGUCUCCUCUUAGUUCUUCCUCGUUUAGAAGCCCAGAGACAUUUAGAGUAGAACCAUAGUGAGAACCACCCCCCCCCCGCCCUUCAUCCAGUUUCUUUAUAUCGCUUAGAGAAGCAGCAGAAGAAAAUACUGCUGAUUGAAAAAGUCUCGUCAUACAUGUUAACAUUUAUUCACCGAGGCGGAGCUGUGUGAACGGACACGAGCGAGACGCCGUCUGCAGCUCUGGAUGGACCAACUCUGGAAAUCAAUCCAAACACUUUGAGGUUUUGUUAAACUGGAGCGUCGACAUUUUCUUUCAUAGUUUUUGUGUUUGAAUUUAUGUUUGGCCUCAGACUGAAGGACAGGAAACAGGAAACUGUUCAUCUUUAAACGUAAUAAUCCACAAACUUGUUGCCUUGUUAAACGUCUCCGCUGCGACACUGAUGCUCACUGUUUCUACGACUGGAAAUAAAGAUGGACGACAGGAAACCUCCCAAAGAGUGGAGACAAAACAUCUGCAGUAUAGGUCAUGAACCCCACCUCCACCAUGUUAGCAGAUGGGACAUCAAAAAAAGAAUCAAUGUUAAAAAACGGAUCAUUUCUGCUGAUGCAGAUUUUAGUCAUGAGACAUCAUGAUUGACAGCUGAGACUGACUUGUGAUUGGUCCAGCAGGACCUCAGGUGUGAUGUCACUGCUGGACGACAGCAGCGGCCAUAUCCGGGAUAUUUUGGCUCCAUUUCUGUACAGCGGGAGGAAGUGGAGAUGCGUCGUCCAUCUUUAACCACAGUCGUUGUGUGACCCUGUUUGUCUGCCUGUCUCCGUUGCAGCCUUCUUUUAUACAUAUAAACACGUUGGGGAAAAAACACAACAUAAAAACUAGUAAAAAAUAAAAAGACCAAAAAAAAGAAGAUAUAAAUUAUAACAAUACUGCUCAUGAUAACAACUGUGCUCUCAUCAGUUACGGUGACGCGGUCAGUAUUGUCGUAAGGAGCGAGGAAAUCAGUAUCACAGGAUUCAGCAGGGAGAUUACAGAGGUGGUGGGGGGGCUGCUGUGAUAUGUGUGUGUGUGUGUGUAGGAGAGGUGGAGUUCAACACACACACAUAUGUAGGGGGUUGAUGGGGGAGGGGUGUACUGCAAUAUUGAGGUGUGCUGAUGUUGUACCUGCUUGUUGCAUUGUGCGCUGUUCUAUAUCCGACAAACUAACCCCAGACUAAUAAAUAAACAUGGACUAC